CAACAAGUGACCUUGUUCUUUUUCAAUUACUCGACGAAAUGAUACUGGAUUCAUUGGAAAGUGAAGACAGUGCACGCGGUGACGACAAAUAUAGUAUGAUAACAGAGAUAACAGACGAUUCUCUCUGUGGCUGCGUUCAACCACUUGAACGGCCACCUUGCUGAUGUUGUUACAGAUGUCACUAGUUGCUAUUUUUGAAAGUGUUUGGAUCAGACCAAACAAAAACGUCUUUGUUUGUGUCUCGCGAUCAUAACACAAGAUUCGUUGACUAAACUUUGGAUGGACUCAAAUAAUAAGUUGAUGCAAUUGUUGAUUUGUGUUCUUUUGGUAAAAGAGACAAUCUUAACAUAUGCUCGGAUGAAACUCUAAGCAGAAAAAACAUAGAGCCUGGCGACAAAAUUUUUCGUGGUUAGGUUAGCUACAACGUGAGACGCAGGACGAUAAAAAUAACAAAUAUUCAUAUCACAAUGGAAAGUCUCAAGCGUUCAAUGAACGACGACGAUCUGGAACCUGUGCUGGUUAAACUCAACAAGGAAAAUUCAAUAUUCCCGGAUAUACAUGUCGACAAAAGUGAAUUUAAGAUUGGUCGAGCGAGGAACAGCGACGAGAUAAUCGCACAUGUAUUAAUAUCUCGUAACCACGCAGUUGUGAGAUGUGCAGAAAAUGGUGAUUGGACAAUAGAGCAUCUGAGUUCCACAAUCACCUUGUUGAACGACAUUCCCCUGGAGUUAGGGAUGCCAAAAAAAUUGUUUCCCGGCGAUGUUAUACAAUUUAGUGCUUCUGAAGAAUUUAAAUAUGAGUUUCAACUUUGUCCAAAGUCAUUAAUCAACAAUAAAAGACAAAAACUUAACGAAUGUUUCAUGGAAACUGUUAUGACACAACAAAAGUCUUUUGCAGCGUCUCAAGAAACAAAGAGAAAAGAAUUGGAGAAAAAAUUGCAAACAAAGCAGAAUGAGCAGAUAGAGCUCAAAGCUCAGCUCGAUGAGCUAUUAAAAAAUCAAGAAUUGGCGCAGGACAAAACGCAGGAUCUCAACAACAAAAUAUUGGACCUCCAGAAACAAAUAAAAGCUGGCAAUGAUGCGGAAAUACAACUCCAGAGCUCUUAUAAUGAUUUAUUAAUGACUCUUGAAACAGAGCGAAAAAAAUUCGAAGAUCGUCUAAAUGAGGAAAGAAGAAAAUGGCAAACUGCCCUUGACACCAGCAAACAGGAGAAAGAAAACAUUGAAAAAACUAUGAGAGAGCAAAUGGACAGGUGGCGGGAACAACAGCAAGCUGAAUGGGCUGUUGUAAUGGAAAAUUUGGUCAAACAGGAAAAAACUGCUCAAGAAAGACUUUUGAACGAGAAAAAUCAGUUGGAACAAAAGUUGAAGGAAACUGAAGAUGCUCUCAAAGAGCAAGCUGCUUUGACCGAACAAUUACAAUCUACUACUGAAAAUGUCGGGAAUAUAGAUUUAUCGAGUACAACAGCGCCGGAAUGUAUAUUUGUACAGUUAUUAGAUGAUGGCACGACCGGACAAAUGGACGUUUUAGAGACGAUAGACUUGACGGUAGACAGUCCAUGCUCAUCGAGCAGCAAUCGUGAUAAUGGGGUCAUCAACAAAGUUGGUGACAUUAUGGACGAACAACUGACUUGCAGCAUUUGUUCAGAAAUAUUCGUUAAAGCCGUAACCCUCAACUGCACUCACUCAUUUUGUCAUCACUGCAUCGUCACGUGGAUGAAAAAAAAACGCGAUUGUCCAGUGUGCAGAGCCGGAAUAGUUUCGGUCAACAGAUCAAUCGUUUUGGACAAUUUUAUCGAACAAAUGGUUGAAACUCUGACGCCUCAACUACAGUCACGUAGAAAAGAACUGUUGCAGGAAAGAGCAGCAUUGGAAAAACCUUUUGUGCAAAUAAAAGUGAAAGGUAGAAAAAAAUAGAGGAAAGUAUGUCGGACGCAAUAUUCUCAACAUCAAAAUGAUUUGUUGUGAAAACGAGUCGUGCAUCUUUUUUGGACUCAGAGUAUGCGAUAAAAUUAACAAUUCUUUUUUUUUAAACUCUGAAUAACUUUAUUGGACAAAUUAUCCAAUAAUAAAUUUCCUUGUGUUUGUCUCAGCCAUAAGUACAAUCGGCAAAAACAAAAAGUACAAGCUCUAUUAAUGUAAGCCACAAAAACGAAGCCUUAGUCUAAGUUAUUUAUAUUACGACAUACUGAAUUGUUUUCUUUUUAUAAAAGUUUAAUAAUAAAAGCGUUAGUACAAAACCAAA